UGGCGCCUGAGGUAGUGCUGCCGGCCGGGAAUGUUGUCGUCAUAAACCCAAACAAGCAGAUGCAAAAACCGAAUAACCUCACUCGUCGCCCUUGCCAGGCAUAGUAUUGGGCCUAAAUCUAGUAUGGACGUUGAUGACUGCAAUGGCCAGUCUUACAUGUCAGGUCAGGUAUUCAUUUAUUGUACUGUAGUGCAGAUACUGCAUCAUUUCAUCCCACAAGUAACAUUGUACAACCCCAAUUCCAAUGAAGUUGGGACGUUGUGUUAAACAUAAAUAAAAACAGAAUACAAUGAUUUGCAAAUCAUGUUCAACCUAUAUUUAUUUGAAUACACUACAAAGACCACAUAUUUAAUGUUCAAAUUGAUAAACUUUAUUAUUUUGAGCAAAUAAUCAUGAACUUUUAUGGCUGCAACAGUUCCAAAAAAGCUGGGACAGGGUCAUGUUUACCACUGUGUUACAUCACCUUUUCUUUUAACAACAUUCAAUAAAUGUUUGGGAACUGAGGACUGUUCAUCAGUCCGGGGUCUCCGUUGUCGUAUUUUACGCUUCAUAAUGCGCCACACAUAUUCAAUGGGAGACGGGUCUGGACUGGAGGCAGACCAGUCUAGUACCCGCACUCUUUUACUACAAAGCCACGCUGUUGUAACACGUGCAGAAUGUGGUUUGGCAUGGUCCUGCAUAAAUAAGCAGGGGCCUCCAUGAAAAAGACGUUGCUUGGAUGGCAGCAUAUGUUUCUCCAAAACCUGUAUGUACCUUUAAGCAUUAAUGGUGCCUUCACAGAUGUGUAAGUUACCCAUGCCGUUGGCACUAACACAGCCCUAUACCAUCACAGAUGCUGGCUUUUGAACUUUGCAUCCAUAACAGUCCGGAUGGUUCUUUUCCUCUUUGGCCUGGCGGACACAACGUCCACAAUUUCCAAAAACAAUUUGAAAUGUGGACUCGUCGGACCACAGAACACUUUUCCACUUUGCAUCAGUCCAGCUUAGAUGAGCUCGGGGCCAGAGAAGCAGGUGGGGUUUAUGGGUGUUGUUGAUAAAUGGCAUUUGCUUUGCAUAGUAGAUGUUCAAGUUGCACUUACGGAUGUAGCGCCGAACUGUAUUUACUGACAUUGGUUUUCUGAAGUGUUCCUGAGCCCAUGUGGUGACAUCCUUUACACAUUGAUGUCGGUUUUUGGUGCAGUGCCGCCUGAGUGAUCGACGGUCACAGGCAUUCAAUGUUGGUUUUCGGCCUUGCCGCUUACAUUCAAUGAUUUCUCCAGAUUCUCUGAACCUUUUGAUGAUGAUAUGGACCGUAGAUGAUGAAAUCCCCAAACUCCUUGCAAUUGUACGUUGAGGAGCAUUGUCCUUAAACUGUUCGACUAUUUUCUCACGCACUUGUUCAUAAAGAGGUGAACCUCGCCCCAUUUUUGCUUGUGAAUGACUGAGCAAUUCAGGGAAGCGCCUUUUAUACCCAAUCAUGGCACCCACCUGUUCCCAAUUAGCCUGUUCACCUGUGGGAGGUUCCAAACAGGUGUUUGAUGAGCAUUGCUCAACUUUCUCAGUAUUUUUUGCCACCUGUCUCAGCUUUUUUGGAAUGUGUUGCAGCCAUAAAAUUCUAAUCAGUGGAGACUCUUCAAUGGAAAGAGAGUUUUCUGGGGGCCUCGGCGGUCCAACAGUAAGCACCCCAAACAGCAAGGAAACCUCACCUCAUCGCUCCCUCAGUGCAAAUUCCAUUAAAGUGGAGUUGUACAGUGAUGAAGACCCCGGUCCCAGUAACGACGACGAGCGAGUGGAACAUGUAGAGGAAGGUGGUGUGGAUCAGGGAACGGAGGCGCCUGGUUACAGGGAGCUUGCCAAUCAUGACAACAUCAGACUCCCCAAUGGGAAGCUGAAGUGUGACAUCUGUGGAAUGAUCUGCAUUGGACCCAAUGUUCUUAUGGUGCACAAACGCAGCCACACAGGUGAGCGCCCAUUCCAGUGUAAUCAGUGUGGUGCCUCCUUCACUCAAAAAGGAAACCUGCUCCGUCACAUCAAGCUGCACUCUGGAGAGAAGCCCUUUAAAUGUCCUUUGUGCAGUUAUGCCUGUAGAAGACGAGACGCGCUCUCCGGCCAUCUUCGCACUCACGCUGUGUCCUCUCCAACUGUCGGGAAGCCAUAUAAGUGCAGUUACUGUGGUCGCAGUUACAAGCAACAGAGCACUUUGGAGGAGCAUCUUGAACGCUGCUACAACUACUUACAGAGUGUGGAGUCAAAGCAGCCUAAUAGUGCUCAGCAUCUAGGAGAGGAGAUUAGGGAGAUGGAGUACAUGCCAGACUCCCCGCUUCAUACCUCCUCAGACAAGAUGACAUUUGUUGAUCGGCUCGCCGGCAGCGUCACCAAACGCAAAAGAUCCAUGCCACAAAAAUUUGUAGGACAGAAGCACAUACAUCGUGGAAAUGCACCUUACGAGCUUAGUGCUGAUUUGGACAAAGAUGGAGAGAUACAUCCAGGAGACUUGGAAGGUUUACACGUUCCUGGUGGAGAGUAUGCAGGCGUAGCAGGCAGUGGAGGAGCAGGAGGGGGGAUGGCAGACACACCGCAGCAUCUUCAUCACCCCACCACUCGCCCAUCAUAUUUAUCUGAACUCCGAUCGAUGCACGGCGCAGCUUACGCGCCUGGCCCUCUUGGCCUGAGGCUGGACUGCACGGGGCCCGCGGGUGUGGGGAGAAGGGAGGCGGCGGAGGGCCACGAAGACCUGCCCGUGGGUCAAAGUCAGGCAACCUCCCCCAGCAACGGUUGCCAGGACUCUACGGACACGGAGAGCAUGCCGGAUGAACCAUGCAACAGCACCGCUCCUGUGCCGACUCUGCAUAGGAACAACGGGCAUCAUCUCCACAACGCCGCUCCUAUUCUGCACAACAAGAUUUGGGACAGACACAGCCCCGGCCACGCCAAAGACAGGGAGGUGAAAAGAGAGGACGGAGGUCACCAUCCGCCCCCUGGCCUCGCCCCGAUGCCCAGUUCACCUACGGCGCCCUCGUCCACCUCAAGGGAGACUCUGCGAGUGGUAGACGGCGAGGGGCGAACGGUGCGCUGCUUCCGAUGUGACCACUGCCGUAUGCUCUUUCUGGACCAUGUCAUGUUUACCAUCCACAUGGGCUGCCACGGAUUUCGCCAGCCUUUCGAGUGUAACAUCUGUGGCCACAGGAGCCAAGACCGCUACGAGUUUUCUUCACACAUCGUCCGUGGAGAGCACAGCCUCGACUGAGGAACAGUCCUGACGAGCUCAGCCUGGCUUGGUUUGGUCUGCACAGCACAAAGGAAACCUAUUAUUUAUCAUAAUGCACUUUGAAAAUGUCUUUGAACAUGCACUUUCCCAUCCACACAUGUGCCUUGCGCCCAUAUUCAGGAUUCACACCUGAUGCACAUACUGUGGUUGACCAAUCCGACCUGAAAACUCUUCAGCACUUUAACAGAUUCUUCAUCCAAAAAGGUUAAAUGUGAAGACCACCUCAUUGGAAGAAAUAUUAACUUUCACUGUCAAGUUUAAGUCCUUGUUUUAAGUGCAGACCAAAUUCGAGAGCCAGGUCAAAGUCCACAAGAUGUGUUUUAAAAGUUGUCUGUGAAGCAUAAAUGCACUUUUUGUUUUGUAUCUAGUGAUGGAAGUGAGUGUAUGGAUGUGAGAAAUCCUUUAUUUUGGGAAGUAGGAAGUGUAAUGUGUACAAAUGAAGGCCUUUACUUGGAUGACUUGACUUGUGUUAGGUGUCUGUUGUUUUUAAUUAUGUGUUCUAUAAAUGCUUCUGUUGCACUGAUACUUGUCAGAAUAACCUGAUUAUAUUAAACUGUUUUAUAGAAUUCA